GACCGGCCAGCGCGUGUCAGCUGGCGUCCAUCCGGUAGCCAUCACCAUGAAUUCUUAUCAAUACCUCUCACUUGAACCGUCUUCGAAUCAAGGCGUGGGAAUGUCUCUUGCAUUCGCGUAGGCGUGCGACAUCGAAACAUUUCUCACAAACCUCAGCCAUCUCUAGCCCGACCUCCAUCAAAACCAGCAGCUUUUCACAGGCGUUUCGGUGGUCAUCUUGACAUCGAUGGCAGUCAUAUUCACUGAGGCGGUCCAACAUGUUCGCAACCUCUGGAUACCAUGGCGGCACUACCUGCGCAUCCAGAUCCUUAUGGUAGUGAUUCUCACCACACUUUUCUUCUUCAUCCUCGUCCCAGAGCAGUAUACAUCUCUUGAGAAAAGGAGCUGGGGCGGAUGGGACGAUCGCGCAAACGCGGAGCGAUGCUAUAGGCAGGAACGUACAGCAACGUUGCUAGCUUUCUGGCUCGGUGUGCUUGGUAUAGAUCAAUGGUAUGCACGUCACUGGAUUUUGGCUGUGUUCAAGAUGGUCACUCUGGGCGGACUGGGUGUUUGGGCGCUUGUCGAUAUCAAUUUGUGGAUUGUUGGUGGGUACUAUGGUACCCCAGGGUGUCCAGGUGGUAACAAGAAAGAAUGGCUUUACUGAGACAGGAUGUACACCACGUAUUGUAGUACUUCGAUGGGGAGAAUUGGGGUUUACUUGAUUGGGUAUCUACCUGGGUAGGUAGUCAUCGGGAAUUCUGGUGUGCCCACUUCCUAACUGUUAACGUUCACUCCUUGGUUGCGCAAUGCUUUCCAAUGUCACAUUGUUCGUGUCGUUUAGCAUUGGGUGUUCGAGCGUGAGGACAUGGUCGAGGGCGAAGUUAAUGGGUAUCAGCAGAUGCGCGUGCGCCGAAAGCGGGGCCGCGAGUGAGCUGUGACGA